AUGUCACGGUCGCGUUCCAGCAUCGCUAGCGACAGCCACGACCGGCUCGAACCCCGCCUGCUCCGCGCCGUUGAGAACGACGACCUAGAAAGGCUGCGGCAGAUUGUGUACCUGGCCCGCGAAAAUGGGCAGUUCAGCGACAAUUUCCUGCGCGUGGGACUCAUGCGCAGCUGCGAGCGCGGAUCCAUCGCCGCGACGCAGUACCUGCUCAGUCUCGGCGCGAAGACCGAGGUCCCCAGCAACCGUGUCGCGCCGCUGCUGCGCGCCGUCGAGCACAACCAUGUCCGGAUCGUGCAGCUGUUACUGGAUUACGGGGCAUCGACGGAGACGGCGGAUAAGAAAGGGCGGACGGCGCUGAUGACGGCUGCGUGGAGGAAUCACUGGCACGUCUUGCAGGUGUUGAUAUCGCGCGGGGCGGACGUCAAUGCGAGGGAUCUGCGGAAGAGGAAUGUCUUGCAUAACCUGGCGGCGGAUAAGCAGUGUGAUUGGGGCGAGGAUGUGAUUGAGCUUCUGCUGGGGACGGGGUGUGCGCUUGACGGGACGGAUGGGCGGGAUGAGCUGGGCCGGACGCCGCUGCACUGGGCUUGUGCGACGGGGAAGCUGCGCGUCGCGGAGCUGCUGCUCACACGACGGCGGGGCCCGGUCGCGGAUGUGAAUGCCGUCGAGUCGAGGAACAAGACGUCGCUGCAUAUCGCGGCGGCGCAUGACAGGGAGGAUAUCGUGCAGCUGCUGCUCAAGCACGGGGCGGACAUUGAGGCGCGGAGCGAUGGUGGCUGGACGCCGCUGCACAAUGCCUGUGACAAGGGCUCGGUAGUGAUCGUGCGGUUGCUGCUGCAGGCUGGGGCCAAGAUCAACGCUCAGUUGUUGAACGGGGUCACGCCGCUGCAUCUGGCUGCGCAGGCCGGUCACCGCGAGGUCGUCGAGUGCCUGCUCGAGCGGCCGGACCUGAAACGCCGUGUUCGGGACAACUUCGGGAGCACCCCGUUCCUCCGAGCGGCGCAGUUCAAGCGGAAGGACAUCGUGCUGCUCCUGGCGCCGUUCAAUAAUAUCGAUGCGCUGUCGGCGGAUGCGCGGGGCGCUUGCGAAGCCUUUGACGCAACGGUGGUUGACUUUGGCAACUUUCACAACGAGAAUAGGGUCCAGAAGACGUCCGUGUUUAACCUGUUGUAUGGGCGCGACGCGGAAAAUCCACGCAAGCAGGCGUUCCGCACCAUCCCAGCGGACAGCAAAGCGACAGAUUUUCGGUGGAUCCAUCUGCCCGCGAACAACAUGGCCUGGGUGGAGGCGUUGCUCACCAAGUCGUUUAUCGAAGAAGGGGCUCACGACGUGGAGAGCUUCAAGGGGUUGGAGAGGUCCUUCAAUUACCAGCACCGAGGCCAACGGACGCACUCCCAUUUCAUGCGGCCGCUGUGUCAGAGCAGCCCCCGAGCACGCCCUUUCCGCGAGUAUGAGCGGCCCAAGGAGAAUGUCGACACGGAGCUGCCUACAAUCGUUGUCAACGGGAACGACGACCAUUCCAAGGCCAAAAAAUCAAAAGUCCAGGGGAUGAAGCUUGAGCGGACGGAUUCGCUUGAUGACGGGUUGAGCAGCUCGCAGGGCAAAAAGAGCAAAGGGACGCCUAAACGGGGCAAGUCUGGGUCCUCGCCUAGGAGCGACACAAAGGGUAGUAAGCAUUCAUCGGCCCAAGAUGAAAAGCGUCGAGCGCCCCUGUCACUCUGCAAAGACCACUCACUUACUCCGGCCUGCAACGUGUGCGUGUUCAUGCCUUAUUUGCAUUUUGAGACGGCAGAGCGCAGGCAGAAGAUGCAAGAGGCUAUCCAGCGAGCCGAAACACUCAGCUUCCAAAGCCCGGGGAUCUCGCGAUCGUCUACAAGGGACGAGAUGCUCAUCAGUGCGCAUCUGGCCUCGUCGACGACGUCGCUCCACGUGCGACGAACUCUGGACCAGUUCUUCUAUCCGAACAUCGAUACGCAGAGUCGCGAUCAGGACCAGGUGAUCUACCGCUACCAGACCAAAGGGCAGGGCCGCGAUCGGUUCCGGUCGGAUCCCAAAAUCUUCAUGGUGGAUCAGCUGUGGAUGUGGAUUUUGGGGACGAACCUCAUUGUCACGAGCUUUGCGCAGCGGUGGGAGCAGCCGAAGAACGACCCGCUCAACGUCUUGGAUGGCAUUAUUGAGGAUAUUAACUCCAAGACGCGGGAACCGGUGCGGUCCGUCUACGACCUGGCGAUCAUCAUCACCAACCGCUGCUCGGGGGUAUUCGACCGGCACCGCAUGGGAGACGAGGAAUACCAGUUCCUGGACAUGUUCGAGGCGUCGAUCGGUGUCGCCACGGACCGUGAGACGCUGCUGUUCAACAUGUUCAACAGCGCCUCCGCGCAAGCAUCGGACUGGCUCAAGAACCACCGCAAGCUGAGCCGGUUUGCGCGCAACGCAGACAAUGCAAAAGGGAAACAGUUCGCCGAGGAAGACGAGCAGCCGCUGUUCGUGGACAACCUUCUCGAUAUCGGGCAGGAGACGGACCUGCUGGCGGAAGCCAAGGACAUCCGUGACGAGCUCAAUAUGAUCCGCACCGUACUGCAGCACCAGCAGCACAUUCUGGACGACUUCCAGGAGGUGAUCUGCGAGAUCUACCACGGCCAGCACCGGUCGCAGUACGAGGUCAAGAAGCGGUUCAAGGAGCAGCAGCGCACGAUCGACAUGCACCUCAAGGACAUUGAGCGGAUGGACAAGCAGGCCGAGCGCAUCUACUCGUCCAUUACGGACCUGCUCGAUCUGAAGCAGAAACACGCCAACGCGUUUGAGGCCCGGUUCGCGCGCGACCAGGCGGCGGGCACCACCCGCCAGGGGAAGACGAUCAUGGUGUUUACGAUUGUCACCAUCAUCUUCCUGCCGCUGUCGUUCAUCACAUCCAUUUUCACAAUCAACAUCAAGGAGUUCCCCAAGGGCCCAGGCGGCGCCGAGGAGCUGCAUCUGUCGUAUGUGGCCAAGUAUACCUUUGGCAUCGGCUUUGCUAUCUCCAUCCCGUUGAUUCUGCUGGCGCUGUCUGUCGACGAUAUCGGCGAUGUCUGCCAGGAAGCGAUGCGACACAUGCGACGGUGGAUGUCCCAUCGACAGAGCCGAGACGAUCAGCUGGACGAGGCCACCAUCGAGAUGGAGAAGAUUAUCAGCAUGAGCAAGUCGCGCCGGAGCAUGGACACGCGCUAUGCAGGGAGUCUUUUGCCUGUUUCGACUCGGGAGAGUCGUCCUGCUUGA